AUGCAGUCCCCUGGGGAACCACGACAGCGAAGCCAGCCCACUACUUCAAUCAUUGCGCAAGAACAACAAAACGCGGCCCAGUCGUUAACCCAAAGGCUGGAUUUACUACAGCGUAUGCCAUCGACAGUCGAGAAGCAAGAUGAUACUCAAGCCGUGAGAGUGGAGAAUUGUGUUGGCUUCGCACAAACACCGCUUGGUUUAGCAGGACCGUUGACGAUCAAUGGUCAAAAUCAGCAUGGUAAGAAAGAACUCUCUGUUUCAAAUCCAGCUUCCGGUGAGUUGAUGAACAUUUUCCAGGCACAUUUCAUGCUCCUCUGGCAACGCUUGAGGCAACACUCGUCGCCAGCUGCUCUCGAGGCUGCAAAACGCUACAACAAAAUGGCGGAGUCUCAGCAGCCGUUCUCGAAGAGGGCAUGUCUCGAGCACCAAUCUUUCGUUUCAAAGACGUCCCCGACGCCCUCGCCUUCUACCAAGCCUUUCCUCGCUUUCACGAUGAAUUGAAACGCAACGCCGAGGCCACCAGCAAGAGAGUAGCCCUGGUAUCCAUCACACCCCAUCUCAUCGGAGCAUGCGUGCACGUACGAUUCGCCUACACAUGCGGAGCGGCUGCCGGACAAAACAUGACGACCAUCGCCACCCACGCCGCCUGCAACAAGUUCCUAAAGGAACAUAAAGCCGAGUUCAAAAUUGAAGGAUUCAUGAUCGAAGGGCAGAUGGCAUCCGACAAGAAGCUAUCCUGGGGAAAUGUCAGCAAUCCAAGAGGAGUCCGCACAGUAGCAUGGGCAGAACUAUCCGAUCAAGCCUGUCGAGAAGUGUUGGGGAACGCUGCAUCGAACAUCUUCGGCACCUACCUCCACGGCGUCCAAGCAGGCAUUCGAAACGGAAUGGCAGGGUACAAUAUCAACGUCGCCAACAUCCUCGCUGCAAUCUUCAUCGCUACAGGUCAAGACGCAGCAAGUGUUCUGGAGGCAGGCUGGGCACAACUCACAAUGGAAUUCAACGACAAGACUGGAGUACUUACCGUUUUCGUCUUCUUUCCUUCCCUGCCGGUAGGAUCUGUUGGAGGCGGGACUGGGUUGAACACACAGCGAGAAGCACUAGAGCUGAUCAAUUGUUACGGCGAGGGGAAGAAAUGGCGGCUGGCGGAGACGGUGGCAGCCUUUGCGUUGGCUUUGGAGAUCAGUACCCUCGGCGCCAUUGCCAACGAUACGUUCUCGCAGAGCCAUCAUCGCUUGGCACGGUUGUGA